AAACAACACGUGAUUCGCGCUAACUGGAAGCAAGAUGGCGGUGGUAGUGCGGAGCUUGCAAGACCAGCUCGAAAAAGCAAAGCAAAGCCUGAAAAGUGUGGAUGAUAAUAUCCGUAAAUUAACUGGACGUGAUCCUAAUGAAUCAAGACCGGGUCAGAUGCGCCGGGUCGGCGGCCCCAUGGCAGGCCCCGGUGGAGGUGGAGGUAGAGGCAGAGGAGUCAACCUGCUCAGGCGUAGUCUCUCAGACAUUGGAAGCGGCGCCCCCCCUGCCAAGCAGAGGGACAUUGAAGGAGCCCUCAUGAGGCUGGCGGGGGUACAGAGGGCCAGGAGAGACACGCGCCACGACAGCGACGCCGAGGAUGAUGACGAUGUCAAAAAACCGGCGUUGCAGUCGUCUGUAGUAGCUACCUCCAAGGAGAGAACACGCAGAGACCUCAUUCAAGAUCAAACCAUGGAUGAGAGGGGCAAACAGAGGAAUCGGCGUAUGUUCGGCCUGCUGAUGGGGACCCUGCAGAAAUUUAAACAGGAGUCCAACGUUUCCACAGAGAAGCAAAAGCGACGUACAGAGAUUGAGCAGAAGCUCGAGGUUCAGGCUGAAGCUGAGAAAAAGAAGGUGGAGAGUGAUAAGAGGGAGCUCUUUGAAGAGCGGAGAGCCAAACAGACUGAGCUGAGGCUACUGGAACAGAAAGUGGAGUUAGCUCAGCUGCAAGAGGAGUGGACCAGCCACAAUAAUCGUCUGGUGAAAUACAUUCGUACCAAGACCAAGCCUCAUAUUUUCUAUGUGCCUGGAAAAAUGUGCUCCGCCACACAGAAACUCCUCGAUGACUCCACCAAGAAACUGAACGCUGUGUUUGAGGAGAGGCGUGAGGCUUUUGCCGAACACCUCAGCAAGAUGGAGUCCCGCCCCCGGCGACAACCAAACCGCGACCAGGACGGCAACAUGGCAGCAACAGGGAUGGACCACUCGGCGGAGGGUAAGCCAGCAGGUCAGGCAGUCAAGGUGACAGGUAACAAGGGGGAUGCAGAGAUGGAGGAAGAGGAGGAGGACGAGGAGGAAGAGGAGGAGAGGGAAGAUAAGGGGGAUGGAAAGGUGACAGAGAAGGACAAGGGGAAGGAGAGGGAGGAAGGGGAUAAGGGAGCGUUGAAGGUGCAGGAAGAGGUAGAGGGGAUGGAGUUGAUUGAGGAGGGGAGCGAGGAGAAGAAGGAAGAAGAGGAGAGGGUGAAGGAUGGGGAGGAGAGGGUGGAGAAGGGAGAGAAGGAGGCUAGUCCGGGGUCAGAGGAGAUGGAGGUGGAGGGUGGAACAGAGCAGGCGGACAGGAGUAAAGAACAGGAGGGAGUCAGUAAACAGCAGCCUACAGACCUCCAAAAUGAAAAGACCCAGGAGACCCAGUCCUCAGAACCAAUCGAAACCAGCCAAGAAGCACCAAACACCAGUCACCAAUCCCAGCCCCAACCCCAGCUCAGCCACACUGCAGGAGAACCAGCAGAAACGUCCUCUGAGACCCAGGGACCCUCUCUGAUCCCAGAACCCCAAAUAGCCUCUUCGCUGCCCGUACUGGAUUUCAGCAUGCCUCGCCCCGAGGUCCAGAACUCAGCAGCUGAGAGCCAGGCUGCAGAAGGGAAACCAGGGGACGCAGCACCCCAAAACCUGCCUGAUCCCCAGGAGGUCCCCAGCGUUACCCCGGCACCCUCUAAGGAGGAAGAGGACGGCAGGAGAGGGCGGAAGAAGGAAAAGGAGGCAAAGAAGGGCCGCAGUAACAGCAACAGCUCCUCCUCUUCCUCUUCCGGCUCCUCAUCCAGCGGAAGCUCCUCCUCUUCCUCCGGAUCCAGCCGCUCCUCCUCAUCGUCCUCGUCUUCUUCGUCCUCGUCGUCCAACAGUAGUAGCCGAAGCCGCAGCCGAGACAGCGGCAAGCGCAAGAGGAGGCUGUCGGACAGGGACAGGAAGAAGGGAGAAGAGAGGAGUCACCGCAAGAGGGGAGGGAGCAGCGGAGGAGGGAAGGGAUCCAAGGAGAGGAGGAAGAGGAGGAGCGAGGAAGGGAGGGGCAGGUCGUCCCGCAGCGAUAGGGAACAUAAAGAUAGAGACAGGAAGGACAAGAGACGCUAAUCUGAUUCUCAUUCAGCCUCCGUGCGGUAAAGCUGGAAAACACUGAAGGAAAAUCUAUUUACUUAAUGACACAAGCUGAUAAACAGUUUUUAAACUAGUAUUUUCCCUUAAAACGUCACAUGAAGGCCCAUCAAAGUUUUAACAUGGGUUUGUUUGUCAGUGUAGGGAUUUAUAAGUAUGUCAAGAAGGAAUUGAAACAGUGGACGACUGGUUAUUGCAGCCUGGACUUUAAGUCAGCGGUGCAUCGGUCUCUAAUUGGACCCCUUAACAAACAGGUUUAAGAUUUAAUUUUAGUCCUGUCAUUUUAUCCUGGGCCUGACAUUUGGGUUUUUAAAAAGGUCUUUGUGGCGCGACGAUGAAAAGCUGGUGUUGAAUGUUUGUUUCUUCAUACUGAUCAUAAUGCCAUAGGCUGGGGUAUCGUUGGUUCUGGUAGCAGUAACCAUUAACGUACAGUAGUUGUGUUUUCAAGUUGAUGUGACAACGCUGUUGAUCCUCAUUUCUUUCCACUAUUUGAUCAAUGUCAAGGCCCUUGUAUCCUCAUCACCUGGGUACAUGUGAUUUGCUCUAAUGCUGAUUUUCGAAAAAGUUUUACCAUUUUCUUUUUUCUUUUUGUACCGACUGAAAAUCUGCUUCGAAUUAAAGGUGAGGUAUUGGUGGAAA